UGUAUUGUAGCUUCUUGUUGUAAAGAUGCUGUGUCAAUACGUACAAUUAUUUUUUCAAUUAUUUUAUUUGCGUUUAGACAUUACUUAGCAACAGCAAAAUAAAAACUUCCGGCUACGGUCUGAGCAGGGCAGGUAUGCAACGUUCACAUUUUCACUUUAGCUAAAAAUGACAACAUAAAAUAAAUAUAUAUUUAAAAAGGCUGAAAUAACUACAGCUUGCAUCUACAAGUUAGUUUAAUUAUUUUCCAAUCUUUAGGGUUUUUGACAUAUUUGUGGUUACUUUGAGCCUAUUCGAUAAAUGUUUCUGAAUUUCUAGAUGCCUGUGCUAUUUUAAUUUACCCUGACACACUAGCAAUUAUUUGUAGCUCCUAUUGCUUUUGAAAGCCCUCAGUACUCAGUUUGUACAUUUAUAAUAAAUGUAUGCCCUAUUUUAACUGUGCUAUACGUUUGUUGCACAGUAUGUCUGCCAAAGGGACAACAGUUGUUGCAGCAACUAAGGCUAAUACCAAGCUGGUGGAUAUUAUAAAGAAAAAUGAUUUGCCACAGAAAAAACUGCUCUCUGUUGAGGCUCAGCGAAUCUCACGCAUACUGCAAAACUGCAUCAAUCAAAUCAAGAUAGUGGCAACACUGCCUGCUCUUCUCAGCUCAUGCGGUGAUUCUGUAGACUUGGAUGAAAAGCUGAUGAGGGAUCUGAAAAAACAUCAACUUUUGUCUGAAAAAUUGGAGAGGGAGAUACUAGAAAAUGACAACCAAGAAUCAGGUGAAGAUAUUGAAGUCAAAAAGAGGGCGCGGGUUCAGCUUGAGAAGGACGUCAAGAACUCUGUCAGGGAUCUGCUUAGGUUUUUACGCUCAUACCCAGAUGACCUUUUAUUUCUUAGAGCAGAGCAAUACACAGGGGAGAAUGAGGGCAAGUUAAUCAAAGGGCUUCAGAAGUUUCACAGUAAUACAGUUGACAAGUUGCUGAUGGGUCUGGACGAGGAGUCCACAAUGGUUUUGCACAAGCUGGCAUUUCCAUCCACUGCAGAUGAUCUAGAAGUUUUGGCGUCAAGGGAGAAGGAAGUUGCUACAGCCAAGAAGCAAAUAGAUGAAAAGAUUGCUGAGAAAAACACUGAAAUGAAAAUCUUGGAGCAGGUAACAUUUACAGCACUAAGAGCAGACAAGAAAUUUCAGCCACAAGUCACCACGUCUACAACUCAGGCUCGUUUGCAGCAAGAAAUUGAACAAAUGAAAAUGAAGCUCAACAAUUUGGUACUUGAGAACAGACAGGCAGAGCGGAUUUUGCAAGAAGAAAAUGAAAAAGUUGAGUCAGAGAUUGAAUACUUGCUCCAAAAGUUUGACAGCAACAUGAAAGAAAUUCAGGCUGAUCUUGAGAUUAAUGAAAUUGAUUAUAGAAGAGAGGAAGAUGAGCUGAGAAGCCUUGAGAAACCAUUUCAUGCCUUAGAAGAGGAGUACAACCAGAUUGUGGAGAAGCAUCGUCUGGCAGAACAUCAAAGAGUGAAGGAGAUGCAGGAGCUGGAGCUAAAGACCAAAGCUGCAAUUUUGGCCCAGUCCUGGUGGAGAGGCUACAAAACUCGAAAAGCCUUAAAAAAUAAGGGCAAAAGCAAAAAGGCCAAAAAAGGCAAAGGCAAGAAGAAAUAAGACAUAGAUGUAAUUGAUCAACUAAGGCAUUGUUGUGCUAAACAAAUGAUUUACUGUGCCUGCCAUGUUUUGUUAACUAGUAAAAUCUCCUACGUAAUAUACUUGUAUUUCUUUGAAGGAAAACUGUUUCACAAUACAUAUUUUACACAUUUGAUAUACUGAAACCUGCAGUAUUUAUGAAGAACAAAAAAAUAUAGAAAAAAUAUAUAAAUGUGUUCUUAGUAGAAUUAAAUUUGUAUUUAUUUAAAAAUAACCAAAAGGAAAUAAUUAUACAAAUGUACAAAUGUGUCAACUUCUGUGAGCCAAAUUAUAAUACACACAUUUUUUACACACGUUUUUUAGGGCAUAAACUUACAUU